UUUUCAUUACGCGCAGCGCCCCAGACCACACCGCAUUACGCACCUGCACCAAGAGUGGACAGCCGCGUACAGGUCACAAGGACAUCCACCCAGAGGGACAUCUGAGGCACUUGGAGCACUAUAAGGACAGACAGUGAGGCUUGUGCACACUUGACCCUGACAGCGCAUAAGAUGGAUCGCAAAAUCCCUGACUUUGCCGGCGUCUGGGAGAUGAAGAGCUCUGAAAACUUCGAGGAACUUCUGAAAACAUUGGGAGUAAAUGUAAUGCUGCGUAAAAUCGCGGUGAAGGCGGCGUCCAAACCUCUGGUGGAGAUCACACAGGACGGAGAGACUCUGUCCAUUAAAACCUCCACCUCCGUCCGCACCACCCACAUCACCUUCACCGUGGGACAGGAGUUCAACGAGGCCACGGUGGACGGGCGGCCCUGCACGAGUUUUCCGCGCUGGGAGACGGACAGUAAAAUCAGCUGUGAGCAGACUCUGAUAAAAGGGGAGGGGCCUAAGACGUCAUGGACACGAGAGCUCACCAACGAAGGAAAACUCAUUCUGACCAUGAGAGCAGAUGACACCAUUUGCACACGAGUCUACGAAAGGCAAUGAACCACAGCACUUUUGCAUGUCCUCACAUCUAGAGCCCUUGUCAACCAAAUGUACAUCGUCUAACCCCAUUUUGUAACUUUCUCCUUCGUAACAAGUGUGUCCAUUGUAUGUAGUAGCGUAUAACACAUUUAGCCUCACUUUGGUCUUAGCUCCGUGUGCUGUUUUGAAUGUCUGGUUCCACUUUAUAACAUCUACACCUUAAUUAGCCUUAAUAUAGCAUGAAAACUGAAAUCAUAAGUCAAAACAAAUCACUUAUAAAGAAUGAUGCAGACUCUAUAACUACCGUAUUUUCCGGAGUAUAAGUCGCACCAGCCAAAAACUGCAUAACAAUGAAGAAAAAAACAUUUAAAUCGCAUCUGAGUAUAAGCCG